UAAAGAUGUUUUCUAAAAUGUUUCGGAAAUUCGCCGUCGUAUCGCCAUUCCAGAUGUUAAGUUAACAUUAAAAUUUAAUUUGAUGUCUAGGCGGGUAAGUCUAUAUGCAGGCAAACCUGAACUGUUUGAUAUGACUCAAUGUGUUUCAAGAAACUUCAAGAGCUUCUGAAAUUAACAGUGUUUCUAACAUCACUACAGCGAGCUUCGACCUAUGACCCCGUGUUAAAUGUAAAUUUACUGGGGUCUCAACAUUGUCUUCUUGGAUAUCUGGCUGGACAUGACCAGAUAGUGAUAAAUAUUACUGUGGACUGGACUACUGGACAAGAGACAGAUUGGAAGACUGAUCUUAUUGUACGCACCGGGGAUAGUCAGUUUUGUGCUGUGAGCAUGCUGAAAGAGAGUUGUGAGAACUCUGCCAAGAAGGAUGAGCAAUGUUCCUGUAACCAGUUCAAAGGUCGCGUUUACUACAUGACUGUCAACUUCACUGCCAGACAAAGCCACGCGGGGAAAAAGUUUGAAUUUAUUAUCAAUCGCAAAGAUAAUCAGAAGUCUGUGAAGAAUUUUGUACUGGUACCGGAUAUUUUUGGUGAAGUUGAACUACGUGUAAGGGUUGAUGGUAUGAAUAUAGACAUCCUCUCCCCCCUUUGUAUGUACCGCUUUAGGGCGGACUCCCCCCACAAACUGAGCGUGUGCACAGAGAAUCUCAACAACCCAACUGUUAUGGUCAAGGUGAUAGAGUCCAGCAAGGAACAGCGUAAGUUCACGACUGCUUGUGACACUUCUGAUCUAGAUUUGGUCCUGGGAAGCAAUAACUUUGAGCUGACCUACAGAGAUGAUUGUAAUAGAACAGUGCUUCGCAAGUGUCUUUUCGAAGUUUAUGAGCCUGAUGUCACAACGAUAAGGAAUACCUCCUGUGUCAAUUGUGAUGAAAACAACGAGGCCUCAGACUGGUACAAUGUAUUGAAAUGGUUGCUUCCCGUGGUGAUUGUGUUUGUGGCUGUCACGACCAUGAUGGCUGUCAUGUGUCGAGCUAAGCAAGAAAAACAAAGACGGGAGUUGAUUAGAAGUAUGAGCUCGCAUAGAUCUUUAGCUGCUAAUAAGUCGAAAUUAAGUGCAGCUCGCAGUAAAUCUGGAGUGAAUAUGGCACGUAACCGUUCAGAAAUCAAUGCAGCUAGCAGUACAUCUAGAUCCAAAGAGAAUGUACAAGAGCUCGCUAACAAAAAAAGUGACAGCUCGAGAUCCAAAUCAGCCCCAAGCUCUAAGACUGCCAGCAUGUACAGCUGAUAGAGGAUCUUAACCUGCCAGUUAAAACCGAAGAACUCAAGACUAUAUCUACGGCUUGUAAUUCUGUAAUCUGACACAAUAAAUAGUACACUAGUGUUGAAACAUU